CUGCAGGGAACGCGUGAUGAGCGCGUCAGGCUCUCGCGAGACAGUUGGCUCUCGCGAGACGCCGGCGGGGCGCGGCUGUGGUGUGAGGCGGGGAGCGGGACGGUGAACGGCUCUGAAGAGAUCACUUUCUAAUUAAAGAUGGCUGCUGAUACCUCUGUUGAAAUACUUCAAAAAGUUCUGGAGAAUGAAAUACUUCAGACUACCAAGGUUGUGGAAGAACAUCUGGAUGCUGAAAUACAGAAGCUGGACCAGAUGGACGAAGAUGAAUUGGAAUGCCUUAAACAAAGGAGGCUUGAGGCACUAAAGAAAGCCCAGCAGCAGAAACAAGAAUGGCUUUCAAAAGGACAUGGAGAAUACAGAGAAAUCCCAAGUGAGAGAGACUUUUUUCAAGAAGUCAAAGAAAGUAAAAAUGUGGUUUGCCAUUUCUAUAGAGAUACAACGUUCAGGUGCCAAAUAAUGGACAAACAUUUGACUGUAUUGGCAAAAAAGCAUGUUGAGACAAAAUUCUUGAAGUUAAAUGCUGAAAAAUCUCCUUUCUUGUGUGAGAGACUGCGCAUCAAAGUGAUUCCUACUGUAGCACUAGUAAAAGAUGGAAAAACACAAGACUAUAUUGUGGGCUUUACUGAUCUCGGUAACACUGAUGACUUCACUACAGAGACCUUAGAAUGGAGAUUAGGCUGUGCAGACAUAAUUAAUUACAGUGGAAACUUGAUGGACCCACCUUUUCAAAGUCAAAAGAAAUUUGGAACAACCUUUACAAAGCUGGAUAAGAAGACCAUCAGAGGAAAGAAAUACGAUUCAGAUUCUGAUGAUGACUAGAAGAAUAGAUAAAUGUGUUUGUAAAUCAUCUUUUGUUUAUGCUUGGUACAUUUCUAAAAAUGUUUUUUAUAAAGCUUACUGCUUUUCAUUA